AUGGUCGAGUUAAUUGAAGCCACUCCCAAUGAUGAGUUUUGUGUCGCUCCACAACGCAGUGUUAGAGAGUUCAUCGAUGUAACCAAUCUAGGUGGAGACCUCGUACGAUGGAUGGUUUGGUGGAUGAUAAAUGGCACAGAUGAAUUAUGGUUCAGUGUCAAUAAUGCACUUGAGACAAAGGGUUUCCAAGUUAAAGAUCGGGUUUCUGUGGAGGUCGAUGGUCGCCAAUGUCCUAAAAAGAUAAGGCACAAAAAAAAAGAAGAAUUGCAAAAGUAUGAAACCGAGCGUCGAUAUUGGAGAGAUGUGGCUGCAGUGCUUCUUGGCAGAAUGGGAUUUGCCUUUCAGACGUGA